AAAGGAAAUUGCAAGCCCCAUCUUUCCGCAAGCCGCCGUCUCCAUCUCUGCCCUCCGCGUCUCAUCUCGUCUGGCUUCUUCUCCGUCAAGUCUAGCCUCGUCGUCCGGUGUCGUCUGUCUCCGUCUCCUCUGGGUUCGUCUCUCUUCCUUCCCUUAGUGUUUUGUCUGAGUUCCUCGCAGUUUGGAUUGAGGGACGCGACCAGAAACAGAGUUGACUCAGUAGAUGCUUGGGAUUCUGUAGUGCAAAUUGGGAAAUACCAUCUGAAACAGAAGAUUUGGGUUUGAUCCAAAUCUUUCAUUUUUAAGGUUGAAUUUACCAAUUUCGUUAGUUUUCUCCCAUCUCAACCAAAUAUUUGAUACUUGAAUUCACAUUCACAAAUCUUUCAAAACCAAAAUCCUACAACCAUUUCCAGUUUCAUCAAUGGCAUCACUUGUUCCAAUUUCUUCUCCAGUUUUCGUAUCCACUGAUACCUUACAUUCCAUCCUCACCCAUCAAACUUUAAUCAAUCACUUUCAAUCUUAUCUCCCCAAAACUUCAACCUCAAUCCAGUCCCCAAUGCGUCAAAGCUACGAGGUUUCUUCUUCUUCUUCUCUUCUCCUCAUGCCCUCCUGGUCAUCUUCUCCUUCUUUCCCUUACAUAGGCAUCAAGCUCGUCACCCAUUUCCCUCAGAACACUGCAAUUAACUUACCAGGCGUGCAGGCAACUUAUGCUCUCUUCAGUUCUACCACAGGGCAGCCCCUGGCAUCCAUGGAUGCCACUGAUUUGACCCUUUAUCGAACCUCAUGUGUCUCUGGUUUGGCUUCAAAAUAUCUGGCUAGACCAAAUAGUCAAGUCCUUGUGAUGGUGGGUGCGGGAGCUAUGGCACCCCAUUUGAUUAGAGCCCAUCGUUCGGCCAUACCAAGUUUGAGGAAAGUAGUUAUUUGGAAUCGGACAGUGGAGAAGGCGAGAAUAUUGGCCAAGAAAAUGCAAGAAAAUGAUGAUGGUAUGCUUCAAGGUGUAAGUUUUGAGAGUAGUGCAUCUUUGGAUGAGAUCAUUGGACUUGGGGAUAUUGUGAGUUGUGCAACUAAUUCGGAGGUUGCUCUUGUGAAGGGUGAGAAGUUGAAGGUGGGAGCUCAUUUGGAUUUGGUAGGUUCAUUCAAGCAUUCGAUGAAGGAAUGUGAUGAUGAGGCCAUUAAGAGAGGAAGAGUGUUCGUGGACAAUGAGGCUGCAAUGAUGGAAGCAGGAGAAUUGGUGGGUGCUUUUGAGAGGGGAGUGAUUAAGGAGGAAGAUAUUGUGGCAAAUUUGGUGGAGUUAGCUGCAGGAGACAAAGUUGGGAGAACAAAUUCUGAGGAAAUAACUGUAUUUAAGUCUGUAGGCUCUGCUCUUGUGGAUAUGCUUGCUGCACAAUUAGUGUAUGAGACUUACACAAGGGUAUCUAAGUGAUAUGACUAUGUAUCUAUUAGAGUCUAGUUUCUGCUGAGUAGUCUGGUAUAAUCCAUGAAUAAUUGUUGAAAGGCCAUUCAACGAAGGGUUUUAAUGUCUGGUGCUGUAUUGUGUGAUUUGUAUUAUGAAUGUGGCUCACUUGGAAGCCCAAAAGUCUAUCUAUUGUGGCAUUGCACUUUUAUUGUGUACUUAUUAAAACAUUGUCAUCACUCUAGCAUCAAGUAUUUGUAUAAGUUUCUUGUUACGUGAUUGUGCUUGUAAGUUCAGAGAACUCGGAUAGGUAUAUCUGUCCAGAGCCUUGUUGACUAGGACCAUACAGUCCACGAAGUUAGUAUUAUCAUAAUAUCAUCCAUCACUCUUGUAUAAAA